AUGUUAGAACGCUCCAUAUCGUUCGCUCCCACCGAUCAAAUCAGCACAGAUGAGACCUUGAACCAGAAACCAGGCACUCUGGCAAAAAUCAAGUACAGAGGUGUCGUGCACUACCUCUCCUCGGACAUCAACACGAAACGAGCCGAUAUCAUUCUCAUUAUCUGUGCCUUUGUCAGUGGUUUAGUCGAUGGCGUCUCCUUUACUGCCUGGGGUAGUUUCGCAAGCAUGCAAACCGGUAACUCGGUCUUCAUCGCUCUCGGCGUCUCCGGCCAACCCAGAUACCCGGCCUACCUCUGGGCCAAAUCACUUAUAUCCGUCGCAACAUUUAUAAUCAGCAACAUCUUCUUCAGCCGGUUUAUACGCUUUCUCGGUGCCAAGCGUCGUAUCACUAAUAUCAUUUGUUUCCUGAUCCAAACCCUCGCUCUACUCAUAGCUUCGUUGCUCGUGGAGAUCGACAUAAUAUCUCCACGAGCAGAAGAUCCGCGCGCACCCAUAGAAUGGAUGCAGGUCUUACCAAUCAGUCUCCUCGCAUUUCAAGCCGCGGGGCAAAUCGUGGCUAGUCGAACAUUGGAAUACGACGAAAUCCCGACUGUAGUCUUGACGACGCUGUUGUGUGAUUUAUUGAUUGAUCCGAAUUUAUUAGCUAGAAGAAAUGCAAAGAGGAAUCGCAGAGUGGCUUGUUUUGUGACGCUGAUUCUGGGCGCGAUGACGGCUGGAGGGUUGUUCAAGUUGACGAAUAUGAGUUCUGGGUUGUGGUUGGGGUUUGCUUUGAAGGCGGUUAUUACUAUUUCCUGGGUGGCUUGGGAGGGGGCUCAGAAUGUUAAAGGUGAUGGUGAUGUUGUUGAAGGCUGUGUAUGA